GGAGAAGGCGGGGGCUGAGCGGUCCUGUGUGUGUGGGAAGUGGAUAGAUAGGAGGCCCCGGAGGCUGCUGUCACUGCCAGGCCGCACUGUGCGUCUUCUCUUCGUUACCGCAGCCGCUUGUCCUUCUUUCACCGUCAGCCAUGAGUGACAAGGAACUGAUGUGGGCGCUGAAGAACGGAGACAUGGACGUGGUGAAGGACUUCAUUUCCGGGGGUGUGGACGUCAACCGGACGCUGGAGGGCGGACGAAAGCCUCUACAUUACGCAGCGGACUGCGGGCAGGAUGAAAUCCUGGAGUAUCUCUUAGCAAAAGGCGCUGAUAUUAAUGCUGCAGAUAAACAUGGCAUCACUCCUCUCCUGUCCGCCUGCUACGAGGGUCACUUAAAAACGGUGAAGCUGCUUCUGGAGCGGGGAGCUGACAAGAACGUAAAAGGACCCGACGGACUGAGUGCCUUGGAAUCCACAGACAACCAGUCUAUUAAGGACCUGCUUCAUUGACGGGACUGGAGCUUGUCUGCAUCAUUCGCCUCUCGCUGCUUUUUCUUUUCUUUUUUGUUUUUGUUUUCCGCCAAUCAAAUCAACCAUCUUUUAAAUCUGAGGACACAAAGUAAUGGCUGCGAGCCGCCGCCGCCACCUCAUUAAGGCCCAAAGCACCAACUUUUUUGCUUUCGAAGAUUGGUGAAUAUACCGCUGUCUCCAGCGCUGUUGGGUGCAUGGGGGACCCGGGCGUCUCUAGUUAGAUAUAGUACAACUACAUAUCCUACAUCCCUAGGGAUUGUGCACUCUGGGCCCGUGAGGUUCUCUUAAGGACCAUAAGUGGGAUAAAGCAGUUCAUGGCUUCUCGUCCGUGUUCUAUAUUGUUUAAUAAAAAGUUUCACCCGACGCGGUUUGAGGUUUUGUACAUUUAGAUCAUAUCAUUUAGGACUUAAAGGGGUACUCCGCUGGAAAACUUUUUAUUUUUAUUUAUUUAAUGAACUGGUGCCAGAAAGUUAAACAGAUUUGUAAAUUACUUCUAUUUAAAAAUCUUAAUCCUUUCAGUACUUGUUAGCUGGGGUAAACUACAGAGGAAUUUUUUUUUUGUCUUAUCCACAGUGCUCUCUGCUGACACCUCUGUCCGUGUCAGGAACUGUCCAGAGCAGCAUAGGUUUGCUAUGGGGAUUUUCUCUUGCUUUGGACAGUUCCUGAUACGGGCAUCAGGUGUCAGCACUGUGGUCAGACAGAAAAGAAAUUCAAAAAGAAAAGAAUUUCCUCUGUAGCAUACAGCUGCUAAUAAGUACUGGAAGGGUAAAGAUUUUUUAAUAGAAGUCAUCUACAAAUCUGUUUAACUUUCUGGCAACAGUUGAUUAAAAAAUAAAAUAAAAAAAAGUACCCCUUUUAAAUACUGGUGGCCCAUUCUUAGGGUAGGUCAGUUUUUCCCAACUAGGGUGCCUCCAGCUGUUGCAAAAGUACAACUCUUAGCAUAGGUAAGUACAAAUCUUACCAAAGGCUGUCCAGCCAUACUAAGAGUUGUACUUUUGCAACAGCUGGAGGCACCCUGGUUGGGAACAACUGGGAUAGGUCAUCAAUUUCGUUCAUUAAAGUUCUGCUGCCUCUUAAUUACAUGGAACAGCGCCGUACAUUUUGUAGUGGCUGUGCAUGGUACUGCAGGAAGCUCACUUGAAUGGGGCUAAGCCGCAGUACAAGAUAUGGCCACAGCAAAAUGUAUGGCGCUCUUCCGGGUAAAAUCUGAUCAGUAGAGGUCAGGGAUGGGACCCCAACUACUUCUAAUACUGAUGGACUAGCCUUUGGACAGGUCCUUGAAAUGCCCCCCUACCCCCUAUAAAUCAGCUGACUAAAAAAGAACUGUUCUGCUGUACAUGACACAGCGCCGUACAGUUUGUAGUGGCUGAUCUUGGUACUGCACAUAGCUCAGUCCCUUUCAUUCGAAUGGGACUAAGCCGCAGUACCAGACAUGGCCACUACAAAAUGUGUGGCGCCGUUGCAGGUAAUAAAUUAGGGCCGCAGACCCAUGAAUCCUCUAAGACCAGUGCUAGGACCCUGAUUAAUUUUAGUACUGAUGGUCUAUCCUUAGAAUAGGCCAUGGGUAUCAGUCCUUAAAAACCCCUAUAAAAUAGAAAUUGUGGACAAAAUGAAACAACUUUUAUUUUUACCUGCAUUUUAUAAAUACUUUGCGAAUACUUUACUUUGUGUCAGAUUUUAUUCUCCAUUCACAUCCAGAGCAGCACACUUCAGCCUCCAGUCGCAUCCGAAGCUGCAUUUAGAGUCCUAAGGACAAGAGCAACAUGAUGGGGAGCGACACCCCAGUAGCAGAUACAUUUUUCCUGUAUUGCUUUGGAUGUAACUAGAGAAAAAAAUGGGCUUAAGAUCUGUGCAAACUAAGCAAAGUGUUCGUAAAUUAAAGGGGUACUCCAGUGGGAAAAAAACAUUUUUUUGAUCAACUAGUGCCAGAAAGUUAAACAGAUUUGUAAAUUUCUUCUAUUUAAAAAUCUUAAUCCUUCCAGUACUUAUCAGCUGCUGUAUGCUCCACAGGAAGUCGUGUAGUACUUCCCAGUCUGACCACAGUGCUCUCUGCUGACACCUCUGUCCGUAUCAGGAAGUGUCUAGAGCAGGAUAGGUUUGCUAUGGGGAUUUUUUUUCCUGCUCCGGACAGUUCCUGACAUGGACAGAGGUGUCAGUAGAGAGCACUUCCUGUGGAGCAUACAGCAGCUGAUAAGUACUGGAAGGAUUAAGAUUUUGAAAUGGAAGUAAUUUACAAAUCUGUUUAACUUUCUGGCACCAGUUGAUAUAAAAAAAAACAAAAAUAUAUAUAUUUCCACCCACCGGAGUACCCCUUUUAACAUAACAUUCUAAAGUGGAGUUCCCCUUUAAGAGAUUUCCUUACUACUCCAGAACGUUUGCUUUGCAUAUCCUGCGCAUUAACCCUUUUGCGGUGACUCUUGUCGACGGCUUUUUCAUAGUGUAUUUUUGUAUUUGAGGACAUCAGCAAUAGGACUGUAGUGUUAUAAUCUUACGUACGGCCGUUUUUAUUUUUGCC